ACCAUUUUUCAGGAAGGACUAUACAGCGAUACCUCAAAGUCGCUGAACAAAGAGAAGUCAGAAGACCCACCGGUUAAGGAAAAGGAGACAUCGCUAGUAGUGGAGGAACCGAAUAUUGUUCCACUUGGUAGUCGGAAAAUUCGUUUUGCUGACGAAAAUGGACAUGACCUUGUUGAAAUACGAUAUUUCGAAGUUGAGGAGGGUGAAAGACGUUAG